UAGAAUAGCUUUAUUGGCCAAGUGUGAUUGGACACAAAAGGUGCAUAAGCUCUCAGUGUACAUACAAUCAACAAAGGGAUAAAUCAUAAAUAAAGGUAGAAGAAAAAGCUGGAGGAGACAUGAAACUUUUCUAUAUAAUUUAUUUGCACUGGAACAAGAUUGUCUCAAUGUAUGUAUGCAACUAUAUGGAGAAAUGUGCUAUGGGGACCAUUUCUUGUUUGCAUGAUAAUUUCAGCACAGCAGUAAGAGGUUAUUUGCACCUGUGAAGUUUCAUUCCUUGGAUCUAAGCUGUUUCACCCACGUAGAGAAGUCAAGUAAUUGUAACCAGACUUCUAGGGUACCAAUGGCCAAGAGGAUCCUUGGCAGCAAUUUCUGUCAUUGCAUUGCAUUUUAAAUUGAACUGCUGCAGCAGCUGUAAAAAUAUGCUGCAAAACGAAGCUGCCUGCUGCUGAUUAAUCACAUAUGGGAGGAGGGAGGCAGUGAUACAGAGAGCAAAUAAAUUUAAUUCCCCAAAGCAACAGGGGUAGAGGAAUGAACAGGGACAUACUCGUGUUCCUUCAGCACUAAGCUUCUCCAUCAUCAAAUGAUCAUUUUUUCCUUCUGUUAUUGUCCAUCCAUCCAUCCUCCUAUCUAUCUAUCUAUCUAUCUAUCUAUCUAUCUAUCUAUCUAUCUAUCUAUCUAUCUAUCUAUCUAUCUACCUACCUACCUACCUACCUACCUACCUACCUACCUACCUAAGAGCUGCAUGCUUCUCACUUGUGGCACAAAGUUGGCUUUUGCCUAAAGCCAGCCAUGCCACAACACAAACACACUGGUCCUGGUGGCUCUGCUGAGGGGGCGACCUGCUAAACAUGCUGAGAGUUGGCAAUUAGUUAUUCCAGCAGUGUAGGGAGAGAAAGACUUGGCUGAGGAGCUACCUAAACUCUCUGGUUCCCGGGUACCAGAGGCACUGCAGUCCUGGCAGAAUCGCCGUCCAAGGGAGCCACCAUUCCCUCGCCUGACAAGGGAGACCUGUUGGCGCUCGUGGCCCGGUUCUGGCAGAGGAGGAAGCGUCUGGUCGCCGCCGUCGGGAUCGCCCUGGCCAUGGGCCUCGUCCUGCUCAUCGCCCUUCCCCUCCUGCUGCGGGAGCCCUCCGCCGCCCGCGCUCACUACGAGAUGAUGGGCACCUGCCGCAUGAUCUGCGACCCCUACAGCGCCGGCAGCGUGGCCGCCGGGCCCUCCGGCCGUCCCGGGAGCACCGCCGCGCUGGAGGCCCUGCAGGAGCUGAGCGCCCAUCCGCCCUCCCCCCUGCCGCCCUUCUUGCAGGGUCCCAAGGGGGAUGCCGGCCGGCCGGGCAAGCCGGGGCCAAGGGGGGCGCCUGGGGAGCCGGGCCCACCGGGCCCGAGGGGUCCCCCUGGAGAGAGAGGGGAUUCGGGGAAGCCUGGACUCCCGGGCCUGUCGAUGUCCCGAAUCGGACCUCCCGGAGCAGCGACUACAGUGGGAGUAGCCGGGUCGGGCGUGAGUGGUAGUAGCAGCCCGCCGCCGGGAGGCGAGGUAACCGGCGCGCUGAGCGCGGUCUUCAGCGGCCCCCGGAUCGCCUUCUACGUGGGCCUGAAGAGCCCCCACGAGGGCUACGAAGUGCUCAAAUUCGACGACGUGGUGACCAACUUGGGGAACCACUACGAGCCCAGCACGGGGAAGUUCACCUGCCAGGUGCGCGGCAUCUACUUCUUCACCUACCACAUCCUCAUGCGCGGCGGUGACGGCACCAGCAUGUGGGCAGACCUCUGCAAGAACGGGCAGGUGCGAGCCAGCGCCAUCGCUCAGGAUGCGGACCAGAAUUAUGACUACGCCAGCAACAGUGUAGUGCUCCACCUGGACUCAGGAGACGAAGUCUACGUCAAGCUGGAUGGAGGCAAAGCCCAUGGAGGCAACAACAAUAAAUACAGCACUUUCUCUGGCUUCCUUUUGUAUCCUGAUUGACAGCCAAGCAUCUGAGCCAUAGUCCAUUGCCUUGUCCCCGCCAUGCCUUCUCUUUGGGGGGGGGUCUGCUCUUCAGGUCAUGUCACAUUGCAAGUUGUAUUGUACAUUGAUUGCCAUUUGAAAGAGAGACAGUGACAUCCUUCUAGCCACUGGUGUGUGUGUCUCUCUGUGUUCUGUUGCUCACUAAAAGAGACGAGAUGGUCAGAGAGGAUUCAUAGGGUAAUUGGCACCACGGAUUGGUCCGCUCACGGAACACAGAUUUAAAACGUGUGCAUAGAAUCCCACCAUGGGGAAAAGGGCAGCCUAGCACCAAUAAAACCCUGGUUGUAAAACUUAUUUAUACGUGGUCCCUUGAUCCAGGUAGAGAGUCUCAAACACCUUUGCCAAUGCCAUUUAAUGUCAUGAAAAUGUAUAGCCCCUUUUAAGUGAGUAGCUUUGCUUCAAAAUCAGUGCUGGGAUUCAACAAUAUCAGAUUUUUUCCCCUGAAGGAUUAACUGUAAAAACUGCACUGCACAGAAACCCGAGUGUCUGGGCCAUCAGCAUGUCAAGAAGUUUCAAAUUUAGCUCUCCAAAUUCACAAGAAGUCUGACAUUUCUCCUAUUGGAAAGAUUUUAGUGAUUAAGCCUCCAGCUUUAUAUGAACAAAGCAAAUGCUUUGCUGUCGGGUUAGAAGGCUUCUCUGAUUAAACAAGUGGCUCAGAAGCUAUUGACCUCUGAACCCUCCUUUAAUCACUGCACAUUGCAGUUAUCUGCUUGAAACCAAUCUAGCACGUUAGGUAUGUUUGAAAAAAUCCAAGGCAAAAAUCAGAAUAGGCAAAGUAGAAAAGGGGGUGAAUCCUUGCACUUUAUUAUUUUUCUUCGUGGAUAGGAGAGAAUUCCUGUUUCUAGACUGCUUUGUAUAUAGGGAAUGUGAGCAUAAUCACCUUGGUUUUAUAUAUGUAUGAAUAUGUAUAUAAAUAUAUAUAUAUAUGGUUAUGUUUAUAUAUUAUUUGUAUCAUCCACCCAUGUGCAAUGCAAAUCUUGUGUGGGUGAUGACGUUAACAAAGUUUAAUCUUCUGUCUCUACAUGAAUGAAGAAAAAGAAAAGGAAAUCUCAUAUUAAAUUAUCUUUUUUUGAGAAGGGCUUUCUGCUGUGUUCCUAUAGUGGGGUUGUAGAAGGGAAAGAGGAACGGCUGGGGGA